GUGAAGAGAAAAUAGUUCUAUAAUUUUCUGGACGUGUUGUACCUAUUUACCUCCUUUUUGUUCCCUUGUCGAAACCUCAUGUGUCCUCAAACCUCAUUAUGGAGUCUUGCAUUCACUGCAGUCGAGGUUUACGCUCACUCUAACCACAAUGUUCUUGGGGGAGAGUUUUCGUGGGCUUAGAGGUGAUUCGUCAACCAACGUGGAUGAUGGAAAAAUGUCUGGUGAAAAAACCGAGAGUGAUAUGGAGUACUCAGACUCCGAUGGCAGUGAUACAGGUUACGAGGACUAUUACAAUUGCCAACCCUGGGGCGAUGCCGACAAUGAGGCUGAGAAGGCUGAUCAAACUCGAAGAGACCCCGAGCAUGCAAUUCAUGAUUGCCUUCGGAUGGAGGAAGUUGAGAGAUUAUUAAAUGAGAAUGUCGAGGUACUGAGCAAUAGCCUCCAUAUAACCCCAUCACUUGCCAAAGUACUUCUGCACACUCAUGACUGGGCUCUUCAGGAGGUUAUGAUCAAGUACAGAGACAAUGCUUCCAGCUUACUAAUUAAUUCAAAGAUCAAACCAAGCCAACCGCCUGAUCCAACAUCUGCGUUGAAGGGCCGCAAGGGAGGCAUAUGUACUGUUUGUAUGGCACUUUUCAAUCCAGAUAAGUUUGCCACACUCACCUGCGGCCAUUCCUUUUGCAAGGAUUGUUGGUGUAUGCAUUUCGAAGUGCAAAUUUCCCAGGGCAUUUCCACAGAUAUCGGAUGUAUGGCUCAAAAUUGUGACGUUCUAGUACCCGAAGACUUUGUUCUCCAACUCCUCACGAAACCCUCAAUGAGGGACAAAUAUCAGCACUUUGCAUUUCGCGAUUACGUAAAGACUCAUCCGCAGCUGCGUUUCUGUCCAGGUCCAAAUUGCCAGAUUGUCAUGAGAUCGAAGGAGCUUCGAGCUAAACGUGUGCAAUGUCUAUCGUGCAAAACUGUUUUCUGCUUACGUUGUGGUAUAGAUUAUCACGCCCCAACCGACUGCAAUACAAUCAAGAAAUGGAUGACAAAAUGCGCUGACGACUCAGAGACAUCAAAUUACAUUAGUGCACAUACCAAAGAUUGUCCAAAAUGUCACAUUUGUAUAGAGAAAAAUGGUGGUUGUAAUCACAUGCAGUGUUACAGCUGCAAAGCUGAAUUCUGUUGGAUGUGUCUUAAUGAUUGGAAAGCACAUGGAAGCGAGUAUUACGAGUGUUCUCGUUAUAAGGAUAAUCCAAACAUUGGUAAUGAGAGUGUUCAUGCGCAGGCACGCGAAGCCCUCAAGAAGUAUCUUCACUAUUAUGAGAGGUGGGAAAAUCACAGUAAAUCGUUGAAAUUGGAGGAGCAAACAUUGGAGAAGAUCAAGUCAAGAAUUAAUCAAAAGGUCAUGGAUGCCAGUGGUACUUGGAUUGACUGGCAACAUUUGUUCGAGGCAGCUUCACUUCUUGCGCGUUGUCGUUAUACCCUACAGUACACUUAUCCUUACGCUUAUUACAUGGAGUCUGGGCCAAGGAAGGCACUCUUCGAGUACCAGCAGGCGCAGCUUGAAGCGGAGAUUGAAAAUUUGUCGUGGAAAGUUGAGAGAGCAGAGACUACAGAUCGUGGGGUCCUUGAGAAUCAAAUGGAUAUUGCUGAAAAACGUAGACAGACUUUGCUCAAGGAUUUCUUGGAGAGUGAUGAAUCAAGUAAUAAAUUAACUAGUGCAGAGGAGCAACGAGUUUGAUUGGACUUUAAUAAAUUUCUAAAAUACACGUAAAAAUGAGCCGUGAAGUGAUUAAUAAUUCUGGCGUCAACAUGAUUCUGUGGUUUUAUGAAUCUUUGUUCGUACUACGUCACGUCAGAACGAAUUGUCAGGGGCUGUUGAAAAAAAUCAUGAUUUACAAAAAAAAUUCUUCACAUACUUCAGGACCCCCUAUAUUUUCUGAAACUUAUUUUAAGGUUUUUUUCAAUUACAAUAUCUGGAAAAUAUUUCUAGGGUAUUUUGUCAUAAUGGUUUACACGGCGAGGUUUAGAUGGAAAUACCUUCGGUUUUCUCGUAGAAAAAAUAAAUUCCAUCCAAGAAGGCUUUUGACAAUUUUACGAGCAACCCCUUUGUUUAAGAGGUGAGUGUGGGCAAAAUUAAUUAAUUUGACUUUUGUUGCAAUAAUAAUGAUUCAUUCAAUUGUUAACAAAAUAAAAAAUAGUAAGCAUGAAAAUCACUA